GCUACGACGGCGGCCGGGCUGGGCCAUGGGGCUCGCAGACAUGGCGCGUGUUCCGCACGUCGUGGCCGACACGGGCGCGUUCCUAAGCGCGGCCCCGCUGCAGGACAUCGCAGACGCGCUGUACACCGUGCCCGAGGUGCUGGCCGAGAUCCGCGACCGGCCCGCCCGCCGCCGCCUCGCCGCGCUGCCCUGCGAGCUGCGGGUCCGCCGCCCGCGCCCCGAGCUGCUGCGCCUCGUGACCGAAUUCUCCAAGAAGACCGGGGACUACCCGAGCCUCUCGGCCGCCGACCUGCAGGUGCUCGCCCUCGCGUGCCAGCUCCAGGCCGACAUCGACGGCCCCGGCUGCCUGCGCUGGGAGCCGCAGGACAAGGUGCGGCUGAGCUCCACCCCGCGGCACCCCGAGGCCCCCCUGCACCUCGCCGGCUUCCACCUGCCCGCCAAGCACAAGCCCGCGGGGAAGGGCCCGCGCCAGCCCGGCCCCGGCCCCGGCACCGGCCCGGCCGAGAGCGACCAGUUCGGAUCCUUCCUGUACUGGCGGCCGCCGCUGCCCAGCAUCGAGGAGGAGCUGCGGGAGCUGCUGGCCAUCUCCGGUAGCCCCGAGCCCCCCGAGGAGCACCGGAGCUCUGCAGGCGGGGCCAGCGCCGGCGAGGAGGAGGAGGAUGAGGAGAGCGAUGACGAAGGCUGGAUAACUCCCAGCAACCUGAAGCAGGCCCAGCAGGACAUGGGGCACUGUGACACUGCUCCUGUGGGUGUCCAGGUCGGCUGUGUCACCACGGACUUUGCCAUGCAGAACGUGCUGCUGCAGAUGGGUCUCCACGUGCUGGCCGUGAACGGGAUGCUGAUCCGCCGGGCCCGGAGCUACAUCCUGCGCUGCCACGGCUGCUUCAGGACCACCUCGGACAUGACCAAGGUGUUCUGCCCCCACUGCGGUAACAAGACCCUCAAGAAGGUGGCCGUGAGCGUCAGCGACGACGGGAGCCUCCACAUGCAUUUCUCACGCAACCCCAAGGUGCUGAACCCUCGGGGGCUCAGGUACCCGCUGCCGGCACCGCAGGGCGGGAAGCACGCCAACAACCCACACCUGGUGGAGGACCAGCGCUUCCCGCAGCAGCGCCUGUCCCGCAAGGCCAGGCAGAAAACCAACGUCUUCGACCCCGACUACCUGGCCGGGGCCUCUCCCUUCGCCGAGAACGACGUGCACAGCCGGGCCGCGCACCUGAACCUGCGCGACGCCGCCCUGGGCGCCGGCCGCCGCCGCCUCAACCCCAACGCCGUCACCAAGAAGUUUGUGAAGAGGAGGUGAGGGCUGGGACAGGCCCCAGCUGCCCGGGUGUGCUGCCAGGGCCGGGCCUCUCCCAGCAGCAGGCCACGCCGUCCCCGCUGUGCCCAGAGAGCCUCCCCAGCACGGGGGAGGGCGGGGUGGCUUCGCUGCCCAGCCCUGGGGGGCUGUGUCACUGAGUAACGUGUCCAGGGCGACGCUCACAGCCCCCACAGGGCUGUGUACCCAAUAAACACCAAACCCCAAAGCA